CUUUGUGUCCCACCACAAACCAUCUUUUCUUCCUUAAUCUCCACAAAAUGAAAUCCUUAUUCAUUCUACUGAUUCUGAUUCUGGUGUCUCUAAUCUCGGCCAAGGCCCACAUAUUCCCCAACGCCUCCUCCAUUCCGCCGUGCCUGAAGCUGAACAAAACCAAAGGCCCAUGGGCCCAUUUCCACAAACUCAAAGGCGCCCGCCCCGGCCAACGCCUCCACGGCCUCUCCUCUCUCAAGAAUUAUUUCAAACACUUCGGCUACAUUUCCAAUGGUGAUAAUUUCACUGAUUAUUUCGACCAUAUUCUCGAAUCCGCCGUCACCACCUACCAGAAGAAUUUCAACCUCCACGACGGCGUCCUCGACGCCCACACGCUCCGCCAGAUUCAGCGCCCCAGAUGCGGCGGCGCCGACAUAAUCAACGGCUCCAGUACCAUGAAUUCCGGCGAGCCCUCUAAUUCCACUCACUACUUCCACUCUGUUUCUCACUACUCCUUCUUCCCUGGAUCGCCGCGCUGGCCGGCCAACCGCCGCAAUCUCACCUACGCUUUCCGGCCGGAUAAUCAGGUGAUCGAUGAGGCGAAGGCAGCGUUGGGGCGCGCGUUCGGCCGGUGGGCGGCGGUGGCGCCUUUCAACUUCACGGAGGUGGGGUGGAACGUGUCGGCGCCGGCGGACAUCAGGAUUGGGUUCUUCACCGGAGACCAUGGGGACGAGAAUCCGUUCGAUGGGCCGUUGGGGACGCUGGCACACGCUUUUGCGCCGACGGAUGGGUUGUUCCACUUUGACGCCGACGAGAUUUGGGUCGCCGCCGGCAAUAUCACGGCGGCUCCAGAAUCGGCGAUUGACUUGGAGUCGGUAGCGGUGCAUGAGAUCGGGCAUCUCUUGGGGCUGGGCCACUCCUCGGUUGAGGAAGCCAUUAUGUUUCCGUCCAUCAGUCCCCAGAUGAGGAAGCUGGAUCUCGCCGACGACGACAUCAACGGGAUUCAAGAUUUGUACGACACACUGCCAUAAGCGGCGGCGCCUCGACGCUGCGUAGCUUUUGGUGGGUCCCACUCCUGCACGCUGUGCCCACAUAAAGUAAUAAUUUUUCAAACAAAUAAACAUCUCUCAAAUUUUGAAUGGGGUUGGAAUCUUCUCCCAGCAGCUAAGUAUUUUUCACCGGAUAAGAACGCCUAGGAGCGUUUGGUUGGUUGUUUUGCCCUGUUUAUUUUGUGUUUGUUAGGUCCCUACGAAAUAGGUUUAUUAAUUCUGAAUUUCCCAGUGUUUGGUUGGU